AUGUCAGAUCAGUCUUUUUGGAAUUCGACAGUCAAAUUUGUCAGCUCUCAUAAAGCGGUCAUUACAUUGACUACAAUAGCAGGUGCUUCCACCUUAGCUUACCUUUAUUACGCCACAAAUGCCACUUCGAAACCUGAUUCUUCCGCCACUGGCUCCUCCAAGAACAAGAAGAAGAAGAGCAAGAAGCAAACAGCCCCAGAAACAUCAAAUGCUGAUGCUCCUUACCCAGUUGACAACGAAGGCAAACCUCAAAUCAAUGAGGAAAUUAUUGGCCGCCUAACAGAAGACGAGAAAAACACCUGGGCUCAAUCUUUAAAGGAAACCGGAAACCGAGCAUUCAAGUCAGACGACUACGAGACCGCUCUGGAAUACUAUAAUCUUGCCCUGUUGUGCAAAAAGGAUCCAGCUUUUUAUUCAAAUAGCUCAGCUUGUUGGGCCUGUUUGGGAGACAACCAAAAGGUUAUUGAGUUCAGCACUAAGGCAUUGGAAUUGAAACCGGACUAUGCAAAAUGCUUGAUGAGAAGAGCUGCUGCUUAUGAAAAGAUUGAAGAGUAUGAGAAAGCCCUUUAUGAUCUAACUGUCCUAACCAUCUAUGAGAGUACCAUUGCUGAUAAAUCUAUACAGUCCAUGUUAGAGCGUAUAUUAACCAAACAAGCUAACUAUGUUAUGGAGAAGCAAUUGAAAGAUUUUGUACCUCAAUUACCUUCAGCUUCUUCUAUUGCUUCCCUUCUGGGUUCUUUUACUGAGGAUUCUGUUUCUGAUGUCUUUGGAACCGAGAUUCCAGAGGAUGGAUCUGGUGACAAAUUUUUGUAUGAAGCUUUGCAAGAUUUUAAGACUGCCACUGCCGACUCGUAUGAGCAUGCGGAUGUUGCGUUGAACCAAGCUGUGUCUAAGUACGCUGAUGUUACUGUUUCUAGCGAUGAGACUACGAAGAGAAGAGCUGCUAUGGCCUAUGAGUACCUGGGUCAGUUUUAUUUCCUUAAGAAUGUGACUGCUGUUGCUCAAGAGCACUUGAAAAGAGCUAUCGAAUUAAGUCCAAGACCAAGAUCUCAUGUUAUUUUGGCUUUGACUUAUAUUGAUAAGGACUUACUUAACGAGGCCGAAGUAGAGUUUCAAAAGGCUAUGGCCAUCAACGCCAAUGAUCCCGACAUCUAUUACCAGAGAGGACAACUUAGCUACUUGAGAGGAGAUCUUGCCAAUGCAUCUGAAAACUUUGAAACAUGCAAACGUCUGAAUCCUAAGAAUGUUUAUGCUUAUAUUCAACUUGCAUGUAUCUCAUAUAGAGAGGGUAAGAUCGAAGAAGCUGUUGAAAGAUUUGUUCAAGCUAAGAGGACCUUUCCUACUUCUCCUGAAGUUCCAAACUACUACGGUGAGAUUCUGGUUGACAAGAACGAUACAGAGGAUGCUAUCAAACAGUUUGAUAUUGCCAUUAAAUUGCAAAGGUCACUUUCAACGGUCAGUAUUGGAGCUCUUGGUAUCCUGAACAAGGCCACGAUUCUUGCUCGUAGGAAUGAAUUCCCUCAAGCUAUUGAAUUGCUAGAGGAAGCUAUUCAAGUUGAUCCUAAAUCAGAGUUGGCAGCCGUUCAACUUGCUCAAAUUAAGCUUCAACUCAACCAAGCCGAAGAGGCAAUUGUUUUGUUUGAGAAGACUGCUAAACUUGCAAGAUCUCCAGAAGAGAAGCAACAUGCUAUCUCCUUUGCUGAAGCUGCCAAGAUCCAAGCAAGGGUGAAAAAAGAUCCAGCUCUUAGUAAGAGAGUUGAAGAAAUAAUUGCUCAAGCCCAAGGUCACCAGAAUGAAGCUACUGCCGCUUCUGCUUAA